CGGGAGGUAGAGUUCUAGGACGGUGUUAUAAUAGUACACUGUGUCUCUAUGCUUUAAUCCCCUUCAAACAAACACUACAAGGAGGCUGGGCAACUUUUUUUUUUAUUAACUUUUUGCAGAUUUUCCCCCUCCGCUUUCAGUGAUAGUUUUGAAAAACGAGUCAAUUUCCUUCAUUUUUCUCAGGAGGAUCGGGUCUAAUUUCUCACAGUGCAACGGAGGCACUGAACUCAGGGAAAGCCUGCGUGUGUGUUUAUGUAUGUAUGUGUGUGCGUGCGCGCGUGUGUGUUGCCCCCCUGACGGGUAGGUUUAAAAGAAGUUGAUGGCCGUGUCACUGAAGCCGCUUCGGACCCAGUUUUAAUUACCAGGCUACAAGCAAAGUAAGGCAACGGUCCGUUUGCUUCGGUUAAUAAUUACACAGAGCUGUGUGGUGAACGGAGCAGCUUCUUCGAGGAUUAUUUUUUCGCAACUCCUCGGCUGUAAGAAACAUUGCCCAACUUUUCGGCACCGCAUUUGAUCCGUCAGCAUGCCUCAUAACUCUCCGGCGGCAACCUGUAAGCCAGCCUUUGAAGUCGUAGACGUCGCUCUCGUGCGUUUUUGGUGGAUUUAUCCACAAAGUGUUGCGCUCACGGGACGGGUUUAACUUUUAAAGCUUUGCCUCCUUCUGUUUGCUCGCAAAAUGUGACUGGAAGGUACAGUGGCCAAUGUGCGCUGCAUUGUAAAAACAGUCCCGAGGAUUUACGGAUAUACAGUUGCCAGGAGAGGACCCCGUCCUUCUUGGAGAGGAUACCGCAGUUAAGCUACCACGUAAACACGCUCCCAACGAGGACAUAGACCCGCCUGUGAUGAAGAGCACCCCGGUGGAAACAAAUGCACUCUUUAAGAUCUAGUACGGCACGGCUCGUCUUCUCAGUGCACUGGCGCAUGCAGUGCUUCACAACCCACAUUAAUGACACUGGCUAACAGUUAAUCAGAGCUUUUUCCUCGUGUGAGACAUCACUUUCCACGUGAGACAUAUACAUAUUUGUAACGUGUUAGACUGGGAAUAUUAACUCUGGUGCUGAAUGGAAGUUUUAUGAGUUACCAUGGAAGUCCUCCGGCUGUGAAAGCCCAGAUCUGUUAAGCAAGUAGGCAGAAGGAAUAAAGCGGGGCCUGUACGUGUACUUGUAGAUACCGCUUUCCUGCGUCUUGUUUAUCCGCGGUGCUUGCCUGCUUUGAAAUCCACCAUGUGCGGCCGGGACCCGCCGCUACAGCCGAGGCCAUGACCGUCCCACAGCGGCGCCCGGCCGGGCUCUGGCCGUGGCUGCUCAUGGCGGCCCUGCAGGUGGUGCUGGGCCAGCAGGGCCUGGAGUCCGAGCGGCCGGUUCUCCGAGCGAUUAUCAAGGUGACGCUGCUGAAGCACGAGCCCACGGGGAAACCCCUCACCUUGGAAGGGGUGUUCGUGGGAGGAAGUGCCGGCAAAGCAGAGGGAAAACUCAUGCAGGGCCAAAACAGAUGGCAUGCUUCCAUGUGGAUCUACAACAAAGCAGCGUAGCAGCUCAGCUGUCGCAGGUCUGUGCCUGGGGCCAGAUCCAUCGCGUGCAACCACCCCGGCCUCUAAUCAAGCUUCUGAAGGGAGCAACAGCAUUUAUUAAAAGUAUAGAUAUAACUUAGUGUGCAACUGUUUCCCAAACUUUUGCCUCCUCCACAUUUCAUGGCCCUGCUGCAAUGAAGGAAACAACUACAUGG